AUGAAAUUCCGUUGUGUUUAUGUUCUGGGUGUGUUCUUUAAUUUUUUGAAUGUCGGAUUUGGUGCUGCAAUAGUUGGACAAAAAAUCUGUAACUGUCUACCAUCAAUAGUAAGUAUAAUAUUAUUUGUAUAUUCCUUCCGUUUGAAAAAUACAGUGGAUUAAUAAUUAAAAUAAUUGAAAAUAAUGAUGUAUACAUUUUAAUGUAUCAACAAAUCAUGCCGUUGAUAUCAACAUUAUAUGUAGAUAGGUAAUUAUAAUUAUUUUUUUUCAUUCAUUUUUCAAUUUUUCGUGAUGUAAAACAGGAAAAUAAAAAAUAAAAAUACUUGUUUAAUCAGUCAUCUGUUUACUUAUUUAUUCAUCUGUCUACUUAGAAAAACAAAACAAUAGUAUCUACUGGAUACAACUUUUUGAACGACUAUAUCGCCUCAAAAGUGUCUUCCCGUUUAAAAUAGAUUAAAAUCAUAGUAAAAAUAAUAUAGCUAUACUCUGUUACAAAUCUAAAAUACUUAUAUACUUUGUUUAUAGAUUAAAAUACCUAAAAUAUCAGUACCUAGUGCACCUGAGUAUCGUAUUGUCUGCACUAAAACGCCCGGAGCCCAACAAUACUCUCCGAUAAACUGUCUUUGCAAUUGUGUUAAUAUACGAGUAAGUGUUAUAUAUUGUAUUCUAGUAACAGUUUAUUCCUAUUAAUUAUACAAUUACAAUGCACCUACAUAUUAUGAAAACUAUAAUGCUGCACAAGGGUUUUUUUUUAAAUAUGAAAAUAGUAUACUUUUAGACAGGGCCUGGUAACCAAUAAACUGAAAAGGCUACAUCCUAGGAUGCCAGUAAAUGAGGAAGGAGUAACAAAACAAUUGUUUUUAAAAAUUGAUUUUUUUCAAACUUGUAUUUCUAUGAACCAGUGACCAUAGACGUAGCCAAAUAUUUUUUUGAAAGUUAGAGCCGAGUAAUAGAACAAAAUCCAAAGCUGAUUGAGGAAUUGAAAUAAUUAUUAUGUAUAAUAUAUUUAACAUUUUUUAAAAUGUUUAAUGGUAUUGCUUGUAUUCAGGGGAAAAAUCCACAAAAAAUCGGGAAAACCAAAACAAAUGUACGAAUUUUUUUCUACUGCCCUCGCCCCUUGAAACUUUCUUGCGUUUGGUACCUUUUCUGGUAGCAGAUGAUCGACCAUGCAUCGGCUAUGAGAAGUUUUCCGCAUACUAUGUUUGCAGGUGACACCAGCAAAAGACGAAUACGAUUGGACGGCUAUGACACCGAUUCCAGAAUUUUGUGGUGACAACAUGGGCCCACGACUGUUCGGAGUACUAGGUAGUGUAUUUGGUCCUCCAGCAAACGCGUGUAACACCGGGGCAGUCUCAUCAGCCGGAUAUCCGAUAGUCCAGGAGCCACCCGGCCCGGACGGUAUAGACGAACCGACAGAUUCGGCCGGAACAUCAUGCUGUGGCAGUCUACCCGCCGAUCCGGUUUCCCUGAUGUUAGCACAAGUCGAGGCCAACCGAUGUCGUGGUUCGGGUGUCCGGGAAGAUCGUUUGGCGUUCGGGCCCAUUUCCGUGCCAAAAGACGCGUUACCGCCACCAUCAUCUUCAUCGGACGUCAACGAAGAGGGCUUAUACGCACUGAAUACGCCCAUCAUCGAGCUAAAAACAUGUAAGCGAUUCGGACAGAACGCCAAACUGGCGUCAGACACGGACGCGUUGCUAGCCCUCGAGGAGGAUUCGCAGCUGUCCGACGACCCCGGACUGACAGUUAAUCUGCCCAGUUACGCGGACGUCGAAUACCAGACCGAAACGCUUUCGUGCACUCCCUUAAUAGAUGGGGUUCUCAUGCCCACCGCAACAAAUCCCGAGUCAAAAGUCGUCUACGAUUCCAACGCAAUGCGCUGCGGUAGUAAUGUCUCUUCGCAGUGUCUGUGCAGCUCAUGUAGCAAGUGCUCGUGCAGAAAGUGCUCGUGCGAAAAAUGCUCGUGUGGCAAGUACACCAACUGA